AUGACCGUUGGUCUGAAAGGAAAGAAAAUCGUGGAAGUGAUUGGAAUUACAGGUGUCUUCCAUGAGCAGUGUGCAUGGAGAUUUUAUCAACUUCAAUGUAUUCUCCAGCUUUCAACUAUGAAAAAUAACUCAUUAAUAAGGUGUAUAAAGAAAACUGUUAAAUUGACAAUAGUUUUAUGGAAAUGUUGCAUUUAUGGAUUUGUUCUGAAGAAGAAGAAAAUUACAAGAAAAUACUAUUAUCUCUUUUAUUACAAAGGAAUUCCAACAUUUUCUGCUGGUCUUUUAUAG